AUACCGGUUCGGAAGAACGGCGCAGCGCAACCUGCGGUUGCCGAGCGGUAGGGGGGUGUUUGAGCAGAAGCGCUUUCGGAGAGAAGCGCGUCGGUGCGCCAUUUGCUGCGACUCCUGCAGUCAAAGAUGAUGCUGAUGAAACGUAUAGGAAGGCGGAUUGCAGCGCUGCGGAAGCAGUAAUUAGCAACCAUAAGAGAUCAAUGUGGACCAUUAUGGAGACCGCAGGCGAAAAGGAGAUUCUGAAAAACACAGAUUAUCUGCAGAUCGCAGCGGUAUAUUGAGAUUAUUAGGUAGUAUGUCGAUGAGGGCGAUCUAGUGGCAUUUCCGAAGGCGGCGGGCUGACAGUGAAAAGAGGCGACGGUCGGACAGGAUACCCAGCGUCCGGCAGCCCACUCCGGCUCCGGCCCCCGACACCGUCCGCAAUGCAGCGUCCCGGACCGAGCCCGGACACGCUCCGGGGCGCAGCGGAGCGCAUAGACGACGCAGAGCUAGCGCUGCAGGGAAUUAACCUGCUGCUGAACAACGGCUUCAGGGAGAGCGAUGAGCUCUUCCGAAAAUACCGGUACCACAGCCCCCUCAUGAGCUUUGGAGCCAGCUUCGUCAGCUUCCUGAACGCCAUGAUGACGUUUGAGGAGGAGAAGAUGCAGAUGGCGUGCGAUGACCUGAGGAUCACGGAGAGGAUGUGUGAGAGUGACAUCGGAGUUAUCGAGACCAUCAAGAACAAGAUCAAGCGGAGCGUGAGCACUCUUUCUAUGGACUCCCAGAGUUCAGGCGUGACGGAGGUGGACCGGCUCCAGAGGCAGAUCAUCGUGGCCGACUGCCAGGUUUAUCUGGCCGUGCUUUCAUUCGUCAAACAGGAGAUCUCAGCAUAUAUCAAAGGUGGCUGGAUCCUUCGCAAGGCUUGGAAGAUGUACAACAAGUGUCACAGUGACAUCAGCAUCCUGCAGGAAUCAUACCAGAGGCGAGCGUCCUCUUCCUCUGACCAGGUCAAUGACAACGCCCUGGUCCGCCCCACGGCCGAGGCCCUGGGCCGCCUCAAAGGCUCAGUCAGUUUCGGCUAUGGCCUCUUCCACCUGUGCAUCUCCAUGGUGCCGCCGAACCUGCUGAAGAUCAUCAACCUUCUGGGGUUUCCCGGUGACCGGUUGCAGGGGCUCUCCUCCCUCACGUAUGCCAGUGAAAGUAAGGACAUGAAGGCCCCUCUAGCUACGUUGGCCCUGCUCUGGUACCACACCGUUGUGCUGCCCUUCUUCGCCCUGGAUGGCUCGGACACGCGCGAGGGCUUGAUGGAGGCCAAGGCCAUCCUCCGGGAAAAGGAAGCGGUCUAUCCCAGCUCCUCCCUCUUCAUGUUCUUCAAAGGCAGGGUCCAGCGCCUGGAGUGCCAGAUAAACAGUGCCUUAAAUUCCUUCAAUGAUGCUUUGGAACUGGCCACAGAUCAGCGAGAGAUCCAGCACGUGUGCUUGUACGAAAUCGGGUGGUGCAGCAUGAUCGAGAUGAACUUCAUAGAUGCCUACAAGUCUUUUGAGAGGCUGAAGAACGAGUCCCGAUGGUCCCAGUGUUACUACGCCUACUUAACUGGAGUGUGCCAAGGUGCUGCCGGAGAUCUGGAAGGAGCCAUCGGUGUCUUUAGAGAUGUCCAGAAGCUCUUCAAACGGAAGAACAAUCAGAUCGAACAGUUUGCCGUGAAGAAGGCUGAGAAGCUCCGAAGAAUGCCCCCCACCAAAGAUCUGUGCAUCCUGGCUACCAUAGAAGUUCUGUACCUGUGGAAGGCCCUCUCCAACUGCUCCUCCACCAAGCUGCAGCUCAUGAGCCAGGUUCUACAGGGUAUAGAUGAUGUUUCCUUCGCCGGCCUGAAGAACCUUCUACUGGGUUCCAUCCACAAAUGCCUGGGCAACAGGAGGGAUGCGGUGCAGUUCUUCCAGCUCGCUGCCAGGGACGAGGUGGGCCGGCAGACUAAUUCCUACGUGCAGCCGUAUGCCUGUUAUGAGCUGGGCUGUGUCCUGCUGGAGAAACCGGAGUCCGUAGGGAAGGGAAGAGCCCUGCUUCUGAGGGCAAAGGAGGACUACAUGGGCUAUGACUUUGAGAACAGGCUGCAGGUUCGCAUCCACUCAGCUCUGGCCUCGCUGAAGGAAGUGGUCUCGCAGUGACCUUUGACCCCGCCUCUUCACCCAGCCCUACCCCACAUCCAGCACACCCCCCCCCCCCAAAUAAAAUCACACCUACACUGUGUUGAACACCUUCUUGUCAUGGGCAGUCUGGCUGUCCCUUGCUGCACCCUGUCGACUUUUUAAAGAAAAUUUGUUUACUUUUUCCAGUGUCUCAGAGUGAGUGAACACAUUUAAUGUCUUUGAUGGUUGGUUUUGGUGCUUGUUAUAAGAAAUGCGUAGUUUAAUGCUGGGUUCCCGCACAAAGGCAGUUUACUGGCAGUAUUGUGUUCACAAGUGAAUGGCCAUUUAUAAUACCAUUUAGGCUUUGGGCAAGAAAAACCAAGCGCCACCUCACAAACAUAUACAUAUAACAUAUAUACUACACUACCAUACAGGCAGAUGUUAACUGUCUAACAGGUUUAUUCAUGCUGCCAAAAAAAAUACUGAAAGGAAACUGAAGAUAAGAUGUGAUACUGUAGUUGGCUUCUGGGGUUGAGGCUGCUGGACUAGGUUUGGUUCACAUACGUGUUCUUAUGAAAACGAUGCCCCAAACUUUGUAUUCUGGGAAUAAUCAAAAGGACUCACCCUAGUGGAAUUCACGGACCAGUCUAGGUCACUGUCUGGGUCACUAUACGUGCUGUUUCAAGAAACAUUACACAUAUUUUUGAGCUUGGAAUUCUGUAUUUUUUGUUACUUUAUUAGGGACUUCAAUCCUUUAUAACAAAGUAAUUUAUGUAAAUAUUUAAUGGAAUGUGCUUUAAUACAGAAAUAAUCUGGAUAUAUUUAAUUCGAUAUAUGAUAGGAACAACUGGAGGAUCCUCCUUUUAAGGUUGGAAUAAUGAUAUUUGUGACUGUUACUUCCUAAACUUUCUUUACUGAAUGCAUUGAACUCUCACUUUUCUACUGGACCACACCAGUGACGAGUGAUUUUCUAUACCAGUAGAACUAGAAUGGUUAAGGCUGGCCUGUGUUUUAUACAGUAUAUCAGUCACUCCGAGGUGCGGUCAGACAGCAAUAAAUACUCAAGUUGUUUGGGGGGGGGGGGGGAGCGUUCCCAGGAACACAGCAGUAUUUUGUCUGUUACUGUAAUUAUAAGCUGAAGUUCAUUAUUCAAUGUGUGUGACUAGCAUUGAUUUUUAAGGAUCGGACACAAGUCCACUAACACUCAGAAUAACCCACAUAAAUUAGUGACCAGCUGAAAAACAGGAGCUUUACAUGUUCUGAACGUUUAUCUGAUGUGGGCAACAUGCAUUGGUAAGGCAUGAUACAGUAUAUAUAAUACAUGAUAUUUAAUACACCACACAAGUAAUAUUAUUAACCUGGGGUGUGAUAAGGGGUGAUUAUGUCUGUGUGUGCUGGGGAUUGGUGCAUAUGCAGUAUUUUGUUUCUAAGUACUUCUUAAAUCUUAUAAACAAAAAUGUGGCAACGUGAAUUUCUAGGUGCGAUAGGGGGCAGUGAGGGGUUUUCUGCACCAGAUAGCAAGAGACCUCAGUGACAAAUUGUGAUGUCAAUAAAAGGCCUUGAAUAUAUCA